GGGAAGUUCGUCUCCCAAUGAUAAGUUGCUCCUUGUGCGAGCCUUGCGCAAGAGAUGACAUGUUGUUGGUGUAACAGGAGAUGGAAUCAAUGAUGCCUCCCGCACUGAAUGAGGCUGAUAUUGGUCUCUCAAUGGGCAUCCAAGGAACAGAAGUCGCAAAAGAGAGUUCAGAUAUAAUAAUAUUGGAUGAUAACUUCGCUUCUAUUGUGAAGGUUGUUAGAUGGGGGCGUUCUGUUUAUGAAAACAUUCAGAAAUUCAUCCAGUUUCAACUCAUUGUCAAUGCUGCUGCACUUGUUAUUAAUGUUGUUGCAGCAGUUUCUUUUGGUGAUGUCCCUCUGAAUGCAGUGCAGGUAAAUAUAAUUAAUAAUCUAUGCACGCACCUGACAUGAGAAAAAAGAGAAAGAAACAAAUAGUAGGUAAUUAAUGGGUUCUUUUUAUUUUGUUU